AUGGCCACCGUGAAGAAUUCUGUGUCCGAGGACCCCCUCCUAGGCAAAGGGCCUGACGAGGACGCCUCAGAGGUGUCUUUGUCAGAAAGUGAGUCGGAUUCUGGGAGUGUCCUCUCAGAUGACUCAGUGCUUCCAGACUACCAGCAGGAAGGUGGUUCACGGGGCACAGCCAACACGCUGUAUGAGGCGUGUGCUCAGAACAACACCCUGGCGCUCCGGAAGGUUCUGGAGAGAGGGGUUACCAAAGAGGAGGUCAUGAAGGUGGACCACAAUGGCUGGACCGGUCUGAUGGUGGCGUGCUAUAAGGGUUUUUUGGAAAUUGUGCAACAUCUUCACCACUGUCCCUACCUGGACAUAAAUCACCAGGACAACGAUGGCAACACUGCACUGAUGAUCGCUUCACAAGCAGGUCACACCAUUACAGUGACCUACAUCCUCAACUACUACCCCGGAGCAGACACAGAGAUCCGGGACUGCCGUGGCUUCACUGCACUCAUCAAAGCUGCCAUGCAGGGCCGAGACGAUGUGGUGUCUUCCCUCGUCAUGGCCGGUGCAGACCUAAAUGCAGUAGACACCACGAAGCAGAAGUGUGCGAGGGACUGGGCACUAAAGACGGGUCGCUACGAGACGUUGAACCGCCUCCGCCGCCUCAACCUGCGGCCUAGGGCCGAGCAGUUCGCUGAGAGCUACGUCCCCGAAUGGCCAGAGCUGAAGGUGCUGGUGGCCAAGGCCAUGGCCAACAAGAGCGCCAGCCAGAAGAUCACCCAGCGCAUCAAGUCCACCUUCGGCUUCAACUUUCCCCGAGAUCCCCAGGAAAACGGGGUCUUGGACCACAUGGUGCGUAUCACCACCAGCAUCCACAGCCCUCUAGUGGCCACCGGCUGCCGGCCCCUCUGCCCCACCAGCCCCCCUGAAGUGGGGAAGAGGCGCCUGGCUGUGCCAGAGCUGGUGAAGAAGCAUUCGGAGAAGGAGCUGGGGGAGAGCUCUGUGUGCCACAGCAAUGGCUCCGUAUCCUCCAUCAUUCCCCACAUCCACUCAGCCGAGACCAUCGCCACGUCCUGCUGUGUGGACACAGAGCGCAGGGGCAGCAUAAUCUCUAUAGCUUCCACCGGGGUACGCACCUUCAUCCCCAGGCACAUGGCCCACAGGAACAGUGUGUUCCCCUCUGGCUGCAUCCCAAAGAUCCAGAUAGUCAAGUCUGGAGAGCCCACGCCUAAGAAGGAGAAGAAGAGGAAGAGGCACAAGGGUCAUCUGGAGCCGCCCAUAUGGAAGUACAAGGCAGAGAAGCAGGAGAAGAAGAAGGCAGAGAAAGAUAAAGAGAAGACCAAGAAGGAAAAGAAAGAGAAGAAACAGAAGAAGUGA